AGGAGAAAAAAGCACCAACACAAUCCCACGCGUCAGAAUAUGUAACGCUCAUCUUGCCCCUCCCUCGUCGGUCUGCCCUCACAGGUUGUAAUGGUUCAACACCUGAUACGACAAGACACCCAGAGAGAGAAAGGUCGACUUAUCCACCGGCUGGGGUCUGUGUUUGCGCGUGUCACUGCCUGAACCGGUCAUGGUCGACCAACCGCCCGCGCAGCAGGGAGACCCGCUGCUGAACAGUCUCCACCAGCGGAGCCUGCUCAACGGGAAGGAAGCCACCAGGGUCGUCCUGCACGCCCGAGGCCAGUGGGCCAGCAAGGCCGAGUUCCUCCUGGCCGUGGCGGGGCAGAUCAUCGGCCUGGGCAACGUCUGGAGGUUCCCUUACCUCUGCUACAAGAAUGGCGGAGGUGUGUUUUUCAUUCCUUACCUGCUUUUCCUGGUGCUGUGCGGCAUCCCCCUGUUCCUCCUGGAGACCUCGCUGGGACAGUACACCAGCCUGGGCGGUGUCAGCGCCUGGAGGGCGAUCUGCCCCUUGUUUGGAGGGCUCGGUUAUGCGAGCCAGGUGAUCAUCCUGCACGGCUGCGUGUACUACAUCGUGAUCCUGGCCUGGGCCCUCUACUACCUGGCCCACAGCUUCCAGGCCGAGCUGCCGUGGUCGCACUGCAACAACACGUGGAACACUGAGUCGUGUGUCUCGUUCGGCCUCAACCUGACGGCCAAUGCGAGCAGCCUGCCGGAGAACGCCACUUCCCCUGUCAUGGAGUUUUGGGAACGGGAGGUGCUGCGCCUGUCCAGCAAUUUAGACGAGUUGGGCCCGGUCAGCUGGAAGCUGGCUCUGUGUCUGGCCAUCGUCUGGCUCGUCUGUUACUUCUGCGUCUGGAAGGGAGUCAAGUCCACUGGAAAGGUGGUGUACCUGACGGCCACCUUCCCAUACGUCAUGCUGUUUGUGCUGCUGGUGCGCGGUGCCACCCUGCCCGGAGCGGCCCAGGGCAUCAUUUACUACCUCAAACCCAACCACACCCGCCUGGCAGACCCACAGGUGUGGAUGGAUGCCGGUACCCAGGUCUUUUUCUCGUACGGAAUCUGCCUGGGGAGUCUCACGGCCCUCGGCAGCUACAACAAAUUCAACAACGACUGCUACAAGGACUCCUUCAUGCUGUGCCUCCUGAACAGCGGCACCAGUUUCCUGGCAGGUUUCGCCAUCUUCUCCGUGCUGGGCUUCAUGGCCGAGGAGCAGGGCGUGGACAUCGGCGCCGUGGCCCAGUCAGGGCCCGGCCUCGCCUUCAUCGCCUACCCCAGAGCGGUGGCCAUGAUGCCUCUACCCCAACUCUGGGCGGUCUGCUUCUUCCUCAUGAUCAUCAUGCUGGGGCUGGACACGCAGUUCGUGAGCCUGGAGGCCCUGAUGACGUCGGUGACUGACCUGUACCCUCAUCUGAUCAGACGAGGUCACCGCCGAGAGCUGCUGCUGCUGCUCGUCUGCAUCGUCUGCUUCCUGAUGGGACUGGUCAUGGUCACGCCGGGAGGUCUGUACGUGUUCCAGGUCUAUGACCAUUUCUCCUGCAGCGGAGCCAGUCUGCUGCUCCUCUCCAUCUGCCAGUCUGUGGCCAUCGGCUGGGUCUACGGAGCCGAGCGCUUCAGCGCCAACAUCCGGGACAUGACCGGCUACAGCCCCCUGCCCGUCUUCAGGAUCUGCUGGAAAUACUUGACCCCGGCCGUGUGCACUGCCACCUUUGUGUUUUCCCUGGUGUGUUGGGCUCCGCUGAGUCUCGGGAAGGGCCUGGUGGCUCCCGUCUGGGCCACCACGCUGGGCUGGCUCCUCACCUUCUCCUCCGUCUCCCUGCUUCCCGUCUGGGCCCUUUACGCCCUGGUCACCACCCCGGGAACCCUGCCACAGCGCUUCCAGCGUCUGUGCAGCCCCACCAAAAUCUCCUCACUGGCCUCCCACAGCUCGGCACGGCCCUACAGCCCCGCGCUGCCCCUCUCUGAGAAACCCAAGGAGCAAAUUACAGACAUCAUCCAGGAUCAUAUGACCUGAUGAUGGGUCAACGACAAAGUGUAACAUGGGACUGCUGCUCUGGCAAUCAGGUGUGGUGAUGGGGAGGGUCGCGGUUCGGGUUAAUGCUUCUGCUUCUGCUGCUGCUGCUGCUGCUGCUGCUGCUGCUGGGUCCCAAAUGUGGGGCUGGAUCCUCUUUCGUCUUGAAAGACUUAAACAGCCACAGAGUCAGAGGAUCCUCCAACUGUGGCCUUUUUGAGUAUUCAGGCAAUUCUUCCAAAUAUCAGGUGAUCAUGUCAUCAAAAAAAAACAACACUGUGCAUUCACCUGUUGGUAAGUUUUACGAGGGCUUCCUGAACACACCGUGAGCUUUGCUCUUUUAGGCUCAGUGUCCUUCAGAGGGUCCUGUCUCACUGCUUGCUUUACCUUCAAGACGUGCUUAGCCCCCCCCCCCCCCCCCCUUUUUCUCCCAGCUGUGUGAUAUUAUAAAAGAAGCGCACACUCCUUCAUCUCAAACACGUCUUCUGCUUUAGGAUCCCAGCUUCUUUAUUUAUUAGUCAGGCUAAUCGUUGAGUUAGUGGACCAUCUAUAUCUGCAACGCACAAGCUAAUGUCUGCAAUCUUUCUACUAGUUUAUUAUUUAUGCCAGGUAUUAGAUAGUUUUUCUUGUCUUGUUGCGUUCGGAUGCAGGGAUCAUCAAUAAAUGACUCUGUGAGUCAGGCGAGUUUCAUACACUGUUCUGUCUGGACUUUCUGGACUUAAAUCAUUUGCAAUUUUCAUAUCGAGGAGUUUCAGUGGUUCAUGCAGCGCCAUUUUCGCCCCAAAACAUGUUUUUACUGCCAAUAUAUAGCAAUUUGUUUCUCGACAAUCGCUCCUCCGCUCGACUAGAUGCGAGCGGAGGAACCCCCAGCGGGUUAUUGUUUGAUGACAAUGCCACACACUUAACGGGCAUAAAAAACAAACUAGUCGCGCGCUGAUUUCAUACUGUAUCUGUUUUAUUUGUACUUAUUAAGGUUGUGUCAUUCGUCGAAAAAUUUACAAGUGCAGUUUCUGCAAAUGUAUGUGUCUUUGUUUUCGCAUGUCUUUGCACUAUAGACGAAAAAAAUUGAAUCUGCCAUGAUCUGCAAAUAAUUAAAUGUUACAAACUGCUGCUGCUGCUGAGUAGACGAAACUGGAUUUUUCUUUUUCAUUCUGUGCUCCAAAAAUAUUUAACUUACACUCUUGAAGUUUUUAGUAAAAAAAGAGAUUUACUUUGCGUUAAAACUGCAAAAUAACUCGUGGCACUCCAGAGGUGUUUUUUUAUUGGAGAGUGACCGAAGUGACUUCUAUGCAGUGAAACCAUGUUUAUAGAUAAAUACGUUCCUUAUGCAAACUUUUGAAAAGAACUGCUGUUUUUCAGACCUGGAUCAAAGUUUUUAUUAUUUUUUUUUAGUAUUUGUUUAUCAUUUGAAAUGUUCCUCUGAGAUUAAUUUACAGAAAAAGUUAAGUGAUGAGCCCAUCUGGCGUCUUUUGAAACUCGUUCAUUUACUUCAACUUGAUCCAAUCAUCUUUGUUUACAGGUGUAUACAUGUGCCUCUUUAUCGUAGAACAUCUCCGUUUGUAUGAUUAUACUUUUCUAAAUGAAUAUAUAUAUAUACAUUGUGGAUAAAAGA